GACCUCUGUCUGUUUAAAACCAGCCUGACUACUGAGCAUCACACACAUUCUGACACACAGACGUCUGAUCGUUUGCCUGCCUUUCAGGACCUCUGGACUGAACCAUGAGUUCUUGCGUGACCCUGUCGUCAGGGCAUAAGAUUCCCCUGGUGGGGCUGGGCACCUGGAAGAGUGCCCCUGGACAGGUGAAGCAGGCAGUGCUGACGGCUCUAGACUGUGGCUACAGACACAUUGAUUGUGCUGCUGCAUACAGUAAUGAGCAGGAGGUCGGGGAGGCACUGGCUCUGAGGCUGGGACCAGGAAAGGCCCUGCGUCGUGAGGCUGUAUUUCUGACCUCUAAGCUGUGGAACACCCAGCAUCACCCUGACGAUGUAGAGACAGCCUGUAGGAAGAGUCUAAUACACCUGGGACUGAACUACCUGGACCUCUACCUCAUGCAUUGGCCCAUGGCCUUCCAGCGUGGGACAGAGCUGAUGCCUAAGCGGGCCGAUGGGAGUGUGUGUUACGAUGACAUACACUACCAGGAAACCUGGGUUGCCAUGGAGAGCCUGGUUGAUAAGGGGCUGGUCCGAGCCAUUGGUCUGUCCAACUUCAACGCCAGACAGACAGACGAUAUCAUCAGCAUCGCCAAACACAAGCCUGUAGUCAACCAGGUGGAGUGUCACCCAUACCUGUCCCAGGCUGAGUUGCUGAGUCACUGCAGGUCGGUAGGUGUAUGUGUGACGGCCUACAGCCCCCUGGGUAGCGGUGACAGGCCCUGGGCCUCGCCUGAUGAACCCUGCCUGCUGCAGGACCCUGGACUGGGGGCUAUCGCCCUCCGCCACAGCAUGACCCCUGCUCAGGUCAUACUCAGGUGGCAGGUACAGAGAGGAGUAGUCUGCAUCCCCAAAAGUGUCACCCCCUCCAGGAUCCAGCAGAACAUACAGGUGUUUGACUUCUCUCUGUCGGAUGAAGACAUGAAGCAGAUGGAGUCAUUCAGCAGAAACGAGAGGUACAUCGUCCCAGCUGUGGAGAGGGACGGAAAGAGAGUGUGGAGGGACGCCGAGCACCCCCAUUUCCCCUUCAAUGAGCCGUACUGACCCCACAUCUAGACACAGAUCUACUGACCCCACAUCUAGACAUAGAUCUACUGACCCCACAUAUAGAGACAGAUCUACUGACCCCACAUCUAGAGGCAGAUCUACUGACCCCACAUCGAGCGACAGGUCUACUGACCCCACAUCUAAAGACAGGUCUACUGACCCCACAUCUAGAGACAGGUCUACUGACCCCACAUCUAGAGACAGGUCUACUGACCCCACAUCUAGAGACAGGUCUACUGACCCCACAUCUAGAGACAGGUCUACUGACCCCACAUCUAGAGACAGAUCUACCGACCUCACAUCUAGAGACAGAUCUACCGGCCCCACAUCUAGACACAGAUCUACCGAUCCCACAUCUCGACAUUAUUUAUGAGAGGUAUUGACAUGUUGAAUGCGCCGAGGUGUCUGUCUAAACUACUGGCACACAGCUCCGACACCCAUGCAUACCCCACAAGACAUGCCACAAGAGGUGUCUUCACAGUCCCCAAGUCCUGAACAGACUAUGGGAGGCACACAACAGUACUACAUGGAAGUCUAUUCCACAUCAAGUAACUGACGCAAGCAGUAAAAUUAGAUUUAAAAAACACCUUUUGGAACAGUGAGGACUGUGAAGCAACACAAACAAUGGCACAGACACACGCAUAUGAUAACAUACACACUAUACACAGACAUGGAUUUAGUAAUGUAGAGAUGUGGUAGUGGUGGAGUAGGGGCCUGAGGGCACACAGUGUGUUGUGAAAUCUGUGAAUGUAUUGUAAUGUUUUAAAAUGGUAUAAAUUGCCUUAAUUUUGCUGGACCCCAGAGUAGGUGCUUUGGCAACAACUAAUGGGGAUCCAUAAUAAAUACAAUACACAGA